CAAUCCCAUUGAUUAUAAGCGCAAUGCGUUUUCGAUUUUAAAACAAAAGGAACAUGAAAUAAUAAAACAAUGAUCGAGGAACCAAACGCCGAAACUCCAAGUGCUGAUGCCAUAGAUGAAGAAAAGAAAUAUCUACCAUACGUCUGGCACCUCCUCGAAGGCGAUGAGUUUGGAAGUUUGCCGUCCCGACAGAUUGGACGGGUGAUGAGAGCCUUCGGGAAAAACCCUUCAGAACAAGACAUACAAUACCUGAAAUACGAACAGAAGAUCGACGACGAUCAGAAUCUUUUGUACAACGAGUUUGUCACCUUGCAUCGCGCCUGCGCAACGGGAGUUGAUUCAAAAGAGAGGUUGAUGGAUGCUUUUAAAGUUUUUGACAAGGAAAACAAAGGAAAGAUGAAACCCGAUGACCUCAGAGAUAUUUUGACACGCUUGGGUGAGCCGCUCUCAAAUACGGAAGUAGAUAAGAUGCUUCAGCUGGCAAUCUUUGAUAGAAACGGAAGCAUUAAUUAUAAAGAUUUCUGUGAGCUGGUGAUGUCGGACAACAGACCCAGAAUCCGGACGUGAACUUAACGACAUAUUGUUCGAUAUCGCAGCUGAAAGCCCUAUUCACACUUGACUCAUCAGUAAUGACAUUUUGCUAUCUACACAAAAUCUGCUUUUUUUGUUUCGUCAUGCAAUAUUUGUUGAAUGUGGGAGUAUUUUAUUGUUUCCUCUAAAAUACACUGUUUGAUCAUUGCACUUGUUAAUGUUGUAUUGAUCUUGUUUUUCAUGUCUAAAUAAAAGACGAACUCAUAUUCGCACACUAGAGUUGACACCAAAACCCCUUUGGCAUUAGAAACGCCCUGGAAUUUAGUUCCUUUUUUAAUUUUGGUAUACUUGUGUUCCAGUCGUUCCCACAAUAAAUAGAUGUGAAUGUCUGGGCGUGUUGAAAUAAUUUGGGCGUAGAGCAAUUUGUGCAAUAAAAUUCAAUAUGUCAUUAUGUAUUGACGACUUGUUUAGAUACAUGGCUCAUAAAAGCAUGCACAUCGUUUGAAUGAUAAAUAAAAACGACAAACCGGGAUAUUUCGAUAAAAAAGUUCAAACUUAAUGUAAGUGUGGCUACGCUCACGCCGCCCAUUCUUGAUCAUUAAAAUUUUAAUUCAUGUCAUCUUACUAUUACGUAUAAAGUGUUAUAAGCAGGCAGGUAACCAAAUCAUGACGUCAUUUAUGAUAAGUUGUAAAACUUGAAAUUUAAUAUCAUUAUUAAUUAAUUGUGGUGUUUAACAUAUAUUCUGUAUUAC